AAAAUCGAUUUAAAUCAAAAAAAUCCGAUUUAAAUCAAAAAAAUCCGAUUUUUUUGAUUUUUUUAAAAAAAUCAUUGAUUUUUAUCCACCCUGCUUCUGGGUUUGCAGCGUUCGGGUUCCAAGUUGUUCGAGAACUAAGCUGUUCGAAAACCAAGGUACCACUGUAUUAUUUUUUGCAUGUCUUGAAUCUGAUCAGUAAGUAGCAUUUCCACAGCGUUGUGUAGCUACAACGGGCCCGAUCCAAUCGCCAUCUGCAUUCUUCCUACCCCUUCUUACUUGCAUUGCUCAGUUUUCUACUGCCAACACUCUUUCUUGUUGAAGAGUUCUGUGUCUCUAAAUGUGCACAUGAGACUCCAGCUCAACACUGAGGCUUCUCAGGGCACCCUUUAUAUUGUGUGUGCAUUAUGGUAUUGAGGCGGUUAUACACAAUACUGCUUGUGCCUGCAAAAGUGUAGGGGCAGGCAUGCUGCUUUGAUACUGCUUUGUUGCUAAUCCUGGAGGGUGUGGGUUUUUGGUCCUGUUUUAGUUGCCCUAUAAAGCAAGAACACCGCCUCCAGAUGGCAAUAAUGCAUAAAGUUGGGGAAAGCAUUGCAAAACAACUCAUAGAGUUGAAUGAUGUGCGGAUGGCUUGGUAUCCAUCCAUUACUACUGCACUAUUACUGUGUCAAAGACAUCUUGCAAAACACACCACAAACCCCCACUGCCACCGGUUUGUUCUGUUUUAAUGCACCAUGAAUCAGGUUCCUUAGUCCAUCGGUAACUAUAAACCUCCCUUCAUGGGUCUACAAUGAGUUUAAUUUUUUUAAAGAUAUAAGUUCCCAAAAAAAACCGAUGCAUUUUUGCUAGGGGUGAUGGGAAAUGAAAUUUAAAAAGUAGACCAAAGACUGUUCAUGUAUGCUACGGUGGCUGCGAGAAAAUUAAUAGCCCAAAAAUGGAAAUCCCAAGAGUUACCUUUGAUUGCGGAAUGGCGAGUGAAGAUGUUGGAUUAUAUGGGAAUGGCUAAACUGACAUGCAGAAUUCAAGAUCAGGAUGAUACAAAAUUCAAAAAAGAGUAGGGUAAAUUUGUGGGUUAUGUAAAGGGCAAUUAUAAGAAUCUAAAGACACUGGCAGGAUUGAAAUAGACCCUACAAUAUUGAUUUGGUACUGAAAAGUUGUAAAAUGUGCGAGUAGAUUGAAAUAGAUUUCCUGCCGAGGGGGUGGGGGAGUCAAAGCUUGGCAUAUAUGUGGAUUAUAAUUUGUUUGAUGUUAAUGAACUUGAGAAAAUAAUAAAAAUUUAUCUGAAAAAAAAUAAAAUAAAUAAACCUCCCUUCAUGUUCCUUUGUCUCAUCCUUGCUUUGCUCUCCAAACAUUUGCAUGUAUAAAGGCUAUGUAGAAAUGUGUCCCUGUGAUGAGAUUCUUGACAAACUGCAUUUGCUCUUUAAAAAGGAAUCUUUGUCUGUUUGAAGAGGAAAGAGAGAUGACUUGCAGCACAUUCCUAAGGGCCAAGCUAUGCUUUGGCUAUGCUGAUGAAGCUUUUCCUAACUUGGUGCCCUCCAGAUAUUAUGGACGACAACUUCCCAUCAGCUGCAGCCAACAUAGUCAAUGCUCAAGGGAUGAUGAGACUAGUAGUUCAGCCACAUCUGGAAGCCACCAGGGCAGGGAACGCUAAAUUGGUUGUGGAAUCCAGAGGCAUGGAUCUUCGACUCUUGCUGUUUAUUCUGGCACUGGUGUCUGUGAGUGAUUCCUUCUCCACAAGCAAGGCUUCAUCAGGAAAACCACAGAUCCUUAAGUGCCGGUCACCUGAACUGGAAACCUUUUCAUGUUACUGGAGUAAUGGCAACUUCCCACAUUUAACAGCUGCCGGAACCCUGCAAUUGCUGUAUUCGAAAAGGAACCUAGAAAAGCAGAGCGAAUGGAAAGAGUGUCCCGAUUAUGUAACCGCCGGUGAAAACAGCUGUUAUUUCAACAAAACCUACACCUCCAUUUGGGUUCCUUAUUGUAUCAGGCUAGUUGAUGGAAACAAGACGUGUGACGAAGUAUGUUUCCGCGUGGAGGACCUAGUCAUACCAGACCCUCCCGUCGGACUCAACUGGACUGUUCUGAACACCAGCCCAAUAGGCAUCUAUACCGAUAUCCAGGUCACCUGGAAGCCUCCACCCUCCGCAGACGUUCAGAAUGGAUGGAUCACCCUCCACUACCAGCUGCAGUACAAAGAAGUCAACGAGACAGAGUGGAGGGAGCUGGAGCCAAAGGGAGCCACAGUCUUUCCGGUAUAUGCUUUGAAGACGUGCCGCGAUUACGAGAUACGAGUCCGGGCGCAAGGGGUGUCUGAAAUUUAUGGCGACUUCAGUGACAUCCUCUACGUAUCUUUUGGCUCCGCAGGCCAGGUGCCAUGUGACGAAGAAUUCUCAGUUCCUUGGCCUUUGAUGAUGGCCUUUGGUACACUUGGCGUAAUGGUGAUGUUAACUGUGGUGCUUUUUUCUAAACAGAAGAAGAAGUUAAAGAUACUGAUUCUUCCUCCUGUUCCAGUUCCCAAAAUUAAAGGAAUCGAUCCAGACCUCUUUAAGAAAGGAAAACUUGACGAAGUCAACUCCAUCUUAGCCAGUCAUGGUAGCUGCAUGCCACCACUGUACGGAGACGACUCUUGGGUAGAAUUCAUUGAGCUGGAUAUAGACGAGGCAGAAGAGAGGACCGGAGGAUUGGAUACCGACAGGCUCCUUGGCGACAACCGCUUGAAGUCUCACGGCUGCCUCGGCAUAAGGGAUGACGAUUCUGGGAGAGCCAGCUGCUGUGAGCCGGAUAUCCCAGAGACCGACUUCAGCGCCAGCGACACCUGUGACGGAACCUCAGACAUCGACCAGUCCAAGAAGGCAAACCACAAAGAGGAGGAUCUCUUGGGCCUUGACCAGAAGGACAACGAGAAGCCAGCGUCAGGUCUUGAGGGUGUGCCUGAUUGCCCGGGCGAAGAUGAGCAGCCCAAAGCCCAUGUUUCUGUCGCCGACACUAUCGAGACGACCAGCCCCCCUGCCAAGACCCAGCUGAGCAACCAGAAUUCAAUGGCCAACAUUGACUUUUACACGCUGGUCAGCGACAUUACUCCGGGAGGGAGGGUUGUGCUUUCCCCGGGGCAAAAGGUUAGGAUGGGGAGAGAUCCGAGCGAGACUCCGAAAGAACCAGUUGCCCAGUGCCAACCGAGCUUCGACAUGGACAGUGCCUAUUUCUGUGAGCUGGAUGUGAAAAAAUGCAUCCCUGCGACACUUCACAAAGAGGCCGAGCCAGAAGCUCAAGACCAGAGCUUUCCUGAAAACGCUUACUUCACCGCCGAGAGCCUUACCCCUACAGCUGUGAAUCCUGCGAGGGCAGGAGUUCAAGAAGAGCCAGGAAGCGCCGAGGCGCUUGUGGCAGACUAUACCUCCAUCCACGUAGUGCAAUCUCCGCAAGGCCUUGUGCUCAAUGCCACCGCUCUCCCAGUGCCAGACAAGGAAUUCAUCGCGUCCUGCGGUUACGUGAGCACAGACCAACUAAACAAAAUGCUGCCCUAGUUUUCCUUGGACUGAGGAGGAAGUGGUACCAUCCCCCCCCCUUCCCCACUCCUCGGUCCAUGCCUCUGUGAGGCUCUGAAACACAUGCAGAGCUCCCUGUGAGCAGGGGUUUUCAAUGCUCACUUUGGUGUGGAGCUCUGUGUUCACAUUGGAGGCCGUCCGUGCUCACCUGGAGCCUUUGAAUUGGGGAGUGUAUAUAUUUCAAUGGCAUGGAGUUGGCUUGGGGAGUGUGUAUGCUUCAACCAAAACAAACGCGUUCAGUAUUUUCAGAGGGGUGUCGGCGGUGCUAGUGCAGUCCCGUCUCCGUUUACCUGAGAUGUCGAAUCAAUCACAGUAUUGCUGUCGUGUCUUGUAAAUAUUGUCUUAUGAAACGUCGGUGGGGUUGGUUCAGUAGCCGUGAGUGUCUUUUGUUAUUUGUAGGUGUUGAUUUGGGGUCAUUCUUAAUGCAUUGUAACGUUACGUAAAUCAUCUUUAUUCGAAAAGCUAAUGUCAGGUGUUUUCUGCAGUUUGAGCAAGUUUAUGUUAAAAUUCUACCAUAUGCAGAGAUGUUGAUACUGGGAGACCUGAAGAAUGAAAUACUGGGAAGGGCAGCGGGGGGUGGAAUUGUUGGGCUAAAUAAUACAUUUAUUUUGAUUUAUAUAAAUAUACAUAUUUUAAUACUUUAGACAAGCAGGCAUGGAUAUUUUAUAUUUACACUGCACACUGUAGUUUAAUUAUAAUGAUCCGUCUAUGGAAUGUAUCUGCUGCAAUCAUUGUAGCAACUUUAAAAGAAGAAAAGAAUAUAAGGAGAAUAUUAUUUUUUACAGAACAUUUUUAUACCUCCACAAAAGCUAUAGAGAACUCUAAAUGUAAAGUUGCUACACUAGUUUGUUGAGGCCUAAUUGUUUCUUUAAAGUGCUAUUCAUGCUUCUGUAUUUUACAUGUAGCAAAUCACAACAUGUACAAACCAUACAAGAUCUGUCACAAGAGUCUGUUGUUGUAACAAGACAUGACACAGUUUGUAUAGCAGUAAAAAUUACAAUGGGUUUGGAUUUUUUCGGGGCCUUUCAAGAACACUAUUCCACUUUUAUGGAACGUUUAGAAAUACACACUGGCAAAUAAGCACCAGUGACUUGACAACACUAUGCUUCACAAUAUAUCCUGAAGUCCUUUCCUCAAAAAAAACUGUUGAGGACUUCUCAGCGCUAAUAUGCUCAGUGAAAGCUGAGCAGGGGGCUCCAGGCUGUUUGUAAAGCUCAGACUCGAAAUCAAAUGAAGCUACAGAACUCAGUACAGUAUUAUUAACAGUGUAGUUUGUUUGUGUGUGUGUGUGUGUGUGUGUGUGUGUGUGUGUGUGUGUGUUUGUGUUUGGCAUAUUCUGCACGUCAGUUGUUUAGAGGCUUUAAAGAAGUCGCGUUGCUUACGCCUCAUUUACAAUUUACCUGUGUUUUUCUCUCUCAAGGUACGCCUUAACAUACUUCAAUCUCAAAUUUUGUUUACAUAAUCGGGGGCUAAAUUCAAAGACCCUGCAAACACGCCCCCCAACCCCACCCCGCUUAUUUUUCCCAUGCUGCCCUUAAUACCCAAAGCAUCUCCAACUGAGAAUUUCUGGAGUCCAGUGUUCUGAGCUGUGGGGUGCAGGGUGCAGGGUGCAGGGUGCAGGGCCCACUUCAAGCCGGGGGAAUCAUACAAAUCUGCCUUAACUGAGCCCACAUCCUGGACGCAUCUAAUUCAGUAUUGCCCACUCUUGAGUAGCAGCAGCUCUCCGGGAGUUUAGGCAAAGAACCUUUGCAUAACCUACUACCUAAUCGUUUCUUUUAAAAAGCGGAGGUGCCAGAGAUCAAACCCUGGAGCCUUCUGCCACUGAGCUGUGGGUACAAAUCCGUACCAUACCGAAACAUUGCUGUGAACUAGGCAGAACUCAAGAGCCUGCUACUGCUGUUCCUUGGUCACAGGUUGCACAUUCAACCAACAAAAUGGUUGCUGGCUGGUGCAUUGCCAUCUCCACACUGAUGCGCAGCCGAAUGGAGAAAAUAAGUAGGACUCUCAUUGGUGGAUCAUGUCCCACUGUGUUUGAUGUGUUAAAAUAUAUUUUACGAUUGCAGCAUUGGCACCACAGAACUCUGUGGGAUUUGCUUCCGAAUAAACUUGCUUAGGUUCACACUAAAGCAGUAGCAGCAUGGUUACAUGUGGCCCCUUGAUGAUUUAGGGUUUCAAAAGCUCUGUCCCAAGUUCUCAAGGAAAGCCACAAAGUCAUCCUGAGCAGGAAAGAGGAGAUGCUGCUGGACUUUAUGUUAUUGGUAGUUAUCUUACUAGUCUCCUUUAGCAGUUGGGAUGGGGAAGAGGAGGGGAGAUUAGCUGGAGAUAGCAGAAGGGGUAAACCAGAAGUAUCCCUUUCUCACACCAUGUGGUUGCCUUCCAGGCUGUGAUUAUACAUUACAUUAUCCAAAGGACCAUGUCAACAGUAACAGCCUUUGUCUCAGGUGAGUAGAGCUCUUGUGAAAGCAGAUCACAGCAAGCUGCAGUACAUGGCCUGAAACCACGUGUAAAUGAAAACAAAAUACUGAGUUUUAUUAUAGACCACAGUUGUGAAUUUUAAAAUCCAAGCAUCUUGGAUCAUGUAAGCAAGCUUUGAGAAGCAAAGCAAAUUAGAGUGGGGAGACACUGCCAUAAGCAUUUCUAAAGAAAAUAAAUGUAGCUCAGAAACAAAUGAUUUGCUUCAGAAGUCAACAUGUAUUUUUAUGUACUUGCUAUUUUAACAAAUAUAAAUAUUUUAAGCCACAAAUAAGAGCAAGGGUGUGUUGCCUUCCAAAUGUUUGAAACUGGGAAAUUCUGCAUUUGGCUCGUACUUUUAAGCUGAUGUUUAUUAGAUACUCUGCUAAUUUGCUGUUAAAUUUUUUCUAACAGCUGCCUUCUUUAGUUCUUGGCUCUAAUGCCAUUGAAGCUAUGUGAGUCUCUCUUGGGGGCAAGCGAGUCUUAUUGACAAGAGUGUUUCUAUCACCAAAAACUAGUUAAAUACCUCAAUCAAUCUCAGAAUGUCAUUUUGGUACUCUGCUGGUUACACAAGCCAUUAUACCCCAGUAUAAAGAUUUGUGUCCUUCUGUUUAUAUUUAACUUGCCUUCUGUCAGUGUUCUUUAUUUCAAUAAAUUUAUUUUCUUCAAUCCAUUA